AUGACUUCCCGCCGCCCGACAGCUCCCGGAGAACAAGGACGCGGGGGAGCAGAGAUGGUCCGAGCCGCGCCGUCGCCGCUCUUCUUCCCGCUGCUGCUGCUGCUGCUCGGGUCGCCCCGAGGCGAGGCAGCCCCCGAUCAAGACGAGAUCCAGUGUCUUCCCGGGCUGGCCAAGCAGCCAUCUUUCCGCCAGUACUCGGGCUACCUCAAAGGCUCGGGCUCCAAGCAUCUCCACUACUGGUUUGUGGAGUCCCAGAAGGAUCCCAAGAGCAGCCCUGUGGUGCUCUGGCUCAAUGGAGGGCCGGGCUGCAGCUCCCUAGAUGGCUUCCUCACCGAGCACGGCCCCUUCCUGAUCCAACCAGAUGGUGUCACCCUGGAGUACAACCCCUACUCUUGGAACUUGAUUGCCAACGUGCUGUACCUCGAGUCCCCAGCAGGGGUGGGCUUCUCCUACUCCAAGGACAAGUAUUAUGCGACCAAUGACACUGAGGUUGCGCAGAGUAAUUUUGAGGCCCUUCAAGAUUUCUUCCGCCUCUUCCCGGAGUACAAGGACAAUGAGCUUUUCCUGACGGGAGAGAGCUAUGCAGGCAUCUACAUCCCCACCCUGGCUGUGCUGGUCAUGCAGGACCCCAGCAUGAACCUUCAGGGGCUGGCCGUGGGCAACGGACUCUCCUCCUAUGAACAGAAUGACAACUCUCUCGUCUAUUUUGCCUACUACCAUGGCCUCCUGGGGAACAGGCUCUGGUCUUCCCUGCAGACCCACUGCUGCUCUCAAAGCAAGUGUAACUUCUACGACAACAAAGACCCAGAAUGUGUGAACAGUCUCCAGGAAGUGUCUCACAUCGUGGCCAGCUCUGGUCUCAACAUCUACAACCUCUAUGCCCCGUGUGCUGGCGGGGUGCCAGGCCAUGUGAGGUAUGAGAAGGAUACUGUCGUGGUCCAGGAUUUUGGCAACAUCUUCACUCGCCUGCCAAUGAAGCGAACGUGGCAUCAGGCACUGCUGCGUUCUGGGGAUAGGGUACACCUGGACCCCCCCUGCACCAACACCACAGCCACCUCCACCUACCUCAACAACCCUUUCGUGCGGAAGGCCCUCCACAUCCCCGAGCAGCUGCCUGGCUGGGACAUGUGCAACUUCCUUGUGAAUAUACAGUACCGCCGUCUCUACCAAAGCAUGAAUUCCCAGUACCUGAAGCUGCUUGCCCCACAGAAAUACCGGAUCCUGCUCUACAACGGAGAUGUGGACAUGGCCUGCAACUUCUUGGGGGAUGAGUGGUUUGUGGAUUCCCUCAACCAGAAGGUGGAGGUACAGCGCCGGCCCUGGUUAGUGAACUACGGGGACAGCGGGGAGCAGAUCGCCGGCUUCGUGAAGGAGUUCUCCCACAUCGCCUUUCUCACCAUCAAGGGCGCUGGACACAUGGUCCCCACCGACAAGCCCCUGGCUGCCUUCACCAUGUUCUCCCGCUUCCUGAACAAGCAGCCAUACUGA